AGGCGAUAAAACCCAUAAUAAUAAGAAUUCCAGAUCUCAAGUUCUCUCUUCCACCACCAAAAGCCUCUCCUCUAAAUCUCUCACUCCUGAUUCAUUCAAUCUUUGUAAAGAGAGAAUGGAUCAACAAGGACAAUCAUCAGCUAUGAACUAUGGUUCUAACCCAUACCAAACCAACCCUAUGACCACUGCACCAGCUGGUUCUGACCAUCCUGCAUACCAUCAGAUCCACCAGCAACAGCAACAGCAGCUGACUCAACAGCUUCAAUCUUUCUGGGAGACUCAGUUCAAAGAGAUUGAGAAAACCACUGAUUUCAAGAACCAUAGCCUUCCUUUGGCAAGAAUCAAGAAGAUCAUGAAAGCUGAUGAGGAUGUGAGGAUGAUCUCGGCUGAGGCGCCUGUUGUGUUUGCGAGGGCUUGUGAGAUGUUUAUUCUGGAGCUUACCCUGAGGUCGUGGAACCACACUGAGGAGAACAAGAGGAGGACGUUGCAGAAGAAUGAUAUCGCGGCUGCUGUUACUAGGACUGAUAUCUUUGAUUUCCUUGUGGAUAUUGUUCCUCGUGAGGAUCUUCGUGAUGAAGUCUUGGGUGGUGUUGGUGGUGCUGAAGCCGCUACAGCAGCAGGUUACCCGUAUGGAUACUUGCCUCCUGGAACUGCUCCGAUCGGGAACCCGGGAAUGGUUAUGGGUAACCCCGGUGCAUAUCCGCCUAACCCGUAUAUGGGUCAACCAAUGUGGCAACAACAAGGACCUGAGCAACAGGAUCCUGACAAUUAACUUUGCCUAAUAAACUAGUCUUCUAAUUCGAACCUCUCUAUCCGGUGGAUCUACCCAAGAAGAAGAAUGUUAAUAGAUAAAUAUCAGACAUAAAACUUUGGUGUAGUAGAAUAAUUUAUGCUUUAUGAUCCAUGGAUAUAUUUCCUGUUAUCAGUUUGGUUUAUCUUGUUAAUUCUGUUUUCAGUCAA